AUGGAGGUACCGAAAGCCCAGGGAGCUGGUAGAUCAGGCCCGCGCCGCCGCACCGGCUGCUUGACAUGUAGAGCUCGCAAAGUGCGAUGCGACGAGGCCAAACCGAGCUGUGCAAACUGCGACCGCUUGCGUCUUCGAUGUGUCUUUAAGCCCCCGAUUGCAUAUAGAGACUCGCUGAGUUCCUCACCUCAUCGGUCUCGCAACUCGAUCACCGGCCUGCAGGGCAUUUCCUCCCAAGGCGCUCCGACCCCGGCCCUGGGACCUGCAUCUGCUGCAGCGGCAAUCGCAGCAGCAGCAAAUGUCUCACAGAGAUCGCCAGACCUGAAUUUCUUCAAUACCGUGUUGCGCUCGGAUGAUCACCAUCGAACAGUCCCGGCGAUGGCAGCACCCACCGAUACCGAACCAUACCCUGCACACCUGGAAGGACCUUUCGAUAUGCUCGGAUUCAUGGGAGGAAUCACGUCGGAGCUGGAACAAAAACACCUCAAUUUGACAAGUGGUCUGGAGGCGUUCACUGGGAGCCCUUCACAGGCAAUGACCGAUGAGUUCGCUAUGAACGGAGCAGGAGAAAGUCAAUUUGGAACUGAGCAACGAUCGUCCUUCAGUCCCGAUGGAUCCUCUCCCUUGACAGAUGGAGCUUCGAUUGGAGAUGUAUCCGAUGCCGCGACGCGGCGUAGUUGGUCUGAUCCGGGCACCACUUCGUACGAAGACCAGCUCCUCCAGCACUUUUUGUCUAUUGACCCACCGGCCGUCAUCUUCGGUCCGAUCAAUAUGGAAUGGAAAUAUGUCCGUCCAUCCGUUCUGGAUCAUUCCCGGGACUUUAGCCCCCUUCUGAAUGCGAUAUACUGCUAUUCAGAUGUCCAUAAAGCUGUAACGGAAGGCAAACAAUGGCGCUGGGCGCCGACGUAUUUUCGAGUAGCCAGUUCCGAGAUCCAUGCAUCUUUAUUGGGGGAUGUGUCCGAAGCAACCUUGCUCAAGGUGUUUGCGGCGGUAUUUUUCUUGAUGCUAUCUGAGUUAUUCUCAUCUCCCGACAUUUGUGCAGCAGGUACUUCUUAUCUUCACUCUUCAUAUCUUAUAUUACAACGAUUUAGUGAUCGUACCCGGCAAUGGACUGGACUUGGACACCUCCUGGUCUCGUGGGUUUCACUUCUCGAUGUCAAAUCCCUCAUUGCUGGCCGUGACGGUGACCUAUUGACCGAGAUGGGAAAUCUUCCUGAGGACAAACCCAAAAACAAGCCACUGGAAGUACAGAGCACGACCGAGCCUCGUAUUAUUGAGUCGCCGGGGGAACACAAAGAAGAAGAAACGAAAGAUGGCCUCUUCCGUAGCCCCAGCUACUUGGUCUAUCAGGCCAUUGUGGGCCCAGCAUUUGAUUUCUUCGUACAGGCACAGCAAGUUGUUCGACGCAUAAUCUGUAUUGAUUUACACCACCGCAGUCGUGGAACACUGAGCGACGAAUUCGAGGUGCUCCAGAUCGCACACAAAGUUGGCGCCGACCUCGAGACCCUUUGGCACCGCCGACCCUCCGUGAUCGACGUAUAUGGGCAACCGGAAGCCCUGCAUGAUACACUUUGCGCCCCAGUUGCACUUGAAGUCUGUCGUACUUUCAGACAAUAUGUGGCAAAUUUCUUGGCAAAUUUCAUCUACCUCCACCGAGUCGCCUUUGCAAUUUAUCCUCGAACAGACCGUGUCAACGGCGCCGUCGACAAGAUUAUCCAGCUAGCUACGAUCGAAUCAGCGGGGUCUCUACCUGGUCAUUUACCGGUCAGCUUCAUGUGGCCAAUCUUCAUCGCAGGUCUUGAAGGUUCGCAGGACCAACGCCAGUGGAUUGUCCAAGAGAUGCAACGCAUGGCAGCCGCACGCGAGAAUGAGCCGGCCACGUCGAUUUCACGACAUCCCUCGGCUGAUAAGAUUCUCUUAUUGCUGGAAGAAAUGACUCGUAGGCAAGAUGUCUCACGAUCUUGGGCGGAUUCGCGGUGCGUGAGACGGGAACUAUUCUCAAAUCCGUUUGUCAUCAUUUGA